AGUAGUGAAGGAGUUGAAAGGGUUUGCCUUCUCCACUCAAGGUCAGACUCUGACCUGAAGAAACCUCUGUAAGCUUGUGGUGGGAGACUGCUCUAAGUGGUUUAGUACAGUAUUUAAAUCUGCAUUUUAUCUCUUUCUGAUUGCACCAUGGGUCAGCCUCAGAAUUUUCUUGAACUAAGAAAAGAUUAGCAGGGUCAAAUACAUUGCUGGUGUUAAAAAUCUAUAUAUACAUAUGUAAAUGAAACCAGCGUUGUAAUCCAUGCUUUGUCUCUGGUUUUCUAUGUAACAAAACGGAAAAAAAAAAAAAAAGGUAGGAGUUUUUAAACUUUCCAGAUUAGACAUUUCUAUCACUUGUUUUUGCAUCCAGAGACCUUAUCGGGAGCGAUUUGUUUGUUUAAGUGACUUAAAUAUUUUUCUUUGUUAACUCUUUCUGCCCUCUGUUUGAACCACAUAGAUUUUGGCUGUGCUGUUUUUAAAGUUUAGGUGAAAUUUUGGCUCCACCAGGGCUUGUUUUUAUCACAUUAAAGCUCUUAGUUGUAUGUAACAUAUAUGCGCAAUUUGCGAGGGACGAUGCUCUGGGCUUUAUGUAUUUAUUUGGGUUUGGCUUAUGGUUGUUCUCCUCUGGACAGCUGCAAAGCGUAAUUGUCAUGAUCUCAAAUCUAUGACCAGUGACAGCAUCUGGCAGCUGGUAUGAGUGAGCCCUGAAUGGGUGGGGUGUACCUGUUGCAUGUUGAAAGAGGUGGACAGAUGUGGUGUCAGUUGAAGGAACAAGCUGUUUGCUUUUGAAAGCUUCUCUUUUGCAGGUGGUUUCUAUUAGCAAACUCUUACCCUGAUAAAACAAUAUGUUUUGGCGGUGUUCCUUUUAUAAUUAAAACUGCAGAAGCAAUAAAAAGUCAUCAUCACCACCAUGUGGGUACUCAGCCUUGUGCGUGACCGGUGUCCCAGAGGGAAUAUGGUUUUGUCGGGACUGUCCCAUUGGGUUUUGCAGGCUCAGGAAGGGAUGAGUGCGGGUUGCUCCUUGGGGCAGCAGAAGGCAAAGAAAGGAGGAACAACAACAGUGAGGCAGUUGUAGAGCCAUCCUGGGCUGCUGGAGCUCCUUUGGCAGGGGCCGGGAAGGUCUGUCCUGCCUUAAGGCACAUCUGAUAUCACAAACAGUUCUGUUUGUUAAUGCGAUCCACUGCGCUGGUUACUGAUUGCAGGGAUUGAAUGCUGCCAGGAAAUACAACGUAUAUAAAGAAAACUGAUUUCUUUAAACAGGCAAACACUCUCCUACUUCUUUCCCCCCGCCCCGACCUUUGUUUUACCCCCUGGAGGUGUGCAUUUCUGCUCCUUUCUUUUGUGGCCUAUCAAUAUGUUGACCCAUCAUGGGGCUCUCAAACCUCACUGGGACACCAGCCCCACUCUCUGGCCCCUAAGAAUUCAAAUACCAACACUGUAUGCUUUGCUUUCCAAGUAGUAAAGGUUUUCUUUGCAUGCUUGUCUUAAGAAGAUCUGGAAAAUAAAACACCUUUCAGUUGGUCUGUCGUGCACCGUGCGUUCAUGCUGUCAAAGUUUAUUCUCCUUGCCACUUUACAUCUCCCUGUGUAUCGAAUUGAAAUGUCACCAUCGACAUUCAGACCACACGUGCACCUUUCUGGAGAGGAGUUACCCACAGUGAGGAGCUCACGGAUGUCAUGUCGUGCCUAACAGGCUCAUCACUACGGGACAGGCGUUUUAAGGGUGGGAGAAGGACUCUUACAGUGGGAUUUGUAGUCCUGCUAUAACAUGGCACAUUUUGGGUCAGGGUGGAUGAAAAUUGUUAUUCUGUAUUUGCAAAGCCUAGUUUCAAAACUUCCUCGCUUUGAAACCCAUGAUGUUUUAAGUUAUUGUAUUUUAAUGAGAAGUUUGUGUUUACAGUUUUGGUGUAUGUCCUACCCAGAGUGAUGGUGCAGAGCAUAUAGUUUUAUCUUCUUUCAGGAAUUAAUUGUGAUUGCAUGGCUCAUACCUGUGCAAAAGGCAGAAAUGUUCAUUUGGAUUAUUGGCCUGCCCAUGUGGUGCUAAAUUUGCUUGAAUUUAUUGCUUAAUUUAAAUUUAUAAUUUGUUUCACAUAUUUUCUGACAGUUAUAUGUGUUUUGAAAAUGUUAGACAAUCACUUGAGAGACAAAUGCUCCCUCCUCAAAUGUGAGGUUUGAAUUUUAUAGCGGAAUAUGCACAUUUUAAAGAGUGGAAUAAACUUAAUCCUUAUUUCCUUGUGCAAACAAAUUCCAAGUGUUGCAGUCAUUUAAAAUGCAUGAUUAUAGGAGGAGGCUUGAAUUUUCUUUUUAUUCUCCAUGAAAACAGUGUCUGGGUGACAAGAGCAACAAACUUUUCAAGCAAAAUAAUAGUUGUGAAAAUUGUAAUAGUAUUUUUCUGUACUGCUUUGGAAUCUGCUGGUGCACGGGCAGCUCAGCGGCAGUGACAAAACACGUUAUGUGCCAAUAGUUGCCAGGUUAAUCUGAGCAUCUUUGGUACCAACUUACAGGAUUUUGCUGUAAUUUUCAUUUUUGAGUUGUCCAUUUCAGUGAAACUUCACUGUAGCCAAAAGCCGUGCCCGAGCCUUUGUGCAACAGUCAGGCAGAGCUUUGGCCGCAGGUCCUUGAUUUUUAGAACAGGGGGAAAGGUCCUGAAGAGUACGAAACUUGCACUUGUUUGAUCAAACUGAGCCCCACAAAGUGCUGACACCAGUGUCUAGCAGGAAGGUAGAUGAAACAGGUUAGAAACAUAUCGUAAACGUUUCUAAUAUCAGAAGUUUUGGGAGGCUUCUUUGAAAACCACUUCUGUGAGCAGGAUGGCAUCGUCUGCUCUACAAAUCUGUGCAUUUCUGCUGGCUUUAGCAGGAUUUACCAUUGUACUUAUUGCUACCAUGUCCAACACAUGGAAGGUUUCGGCCACGGCAGCAGCGCCGGCUCCUGCAGGCUGGGUCUCUGAAGGGCUGUGGAUGGACUGUGAGGCGGCUGCUUUCGGAUCAGUGCAGUGCAAGCAAUUUCUCUACAUGUUGAGUUCCGACAUUCAUAUUCAGGCAUGCCGUGCCUUGAUGAUUGCUUCCAUCCUUCUGGGAUUCAUAGCUUCAGUACUCACGCUGCUUGGUUUGAAGUGCACAAACAUUGGGUUGAGCGAUGAAGAUGGAAAAAUGAAGUUUACUGUCACGGGAGGAUUUCUGUUUAUCUUAGGAGGUCUCUGCUCCAUGGUGGCUAUUUCUUGGUAUGCUGCGAUGAUUACUGCUCAGUUUUUUGACCCAUUAUAUGCUGGAACCAAGUAUGAACUAGGACAGGCUCUGUACUUAGGCUGGGCUGGAUCUGUUCUUUAUAUGCUUGGUGGGAUCUUACUGACCUGUUCAUGCAAAGGGAGGAAAAAACAGGACUACAGUACAAGCAAAUACGCAUAUUCAGCAGGCCGGGCAGCUCAUCAGCAGCACAUUUACACCAAAGACUCUGAGACGAUCAUAAGCAACAAGGAGUACGUCUGAACUUACCUUUCACAUCACUUGUAACAUUAGCAGGUUAUGAACUCAAAUAAAGAAAUGAACUACUUCCAGGGUUCCAGUUCCAACUUAAAAUCCUUCAUCUUAAAGUGGAGCAGUUCGAGAAGGUAUGGUUUUCCAUGUAAAUAGGAAUGGUUUUCAAAUGUAAAUAGGUUUCUACAGAAAAUGCUGCGAUGCGAAUGCUUUUCUGCAUGCUGAGAUGCCUGGUAAAAUUUAACUGCAUGGUGCAGGGUAUCCUGACAAUUGAGAACAACUGUAUCUAUUUCAGCUGACUCAAAAACGUGGAGCUGAUACGCUGUAGCUGACUGCAAGUUAAUGCACCUCGCAGUUAGAUAUGUGUUGUGUAUCCAUUAAUGUUUAGCUUCCUACAUUUGUUUAGCAGCUUUAGCUUUUAACAGGAAAUAAAGUUUAUUUCACAGA